CGCCCUCCAACCAAAGCCUUGAACGCGUAUGCAUUCGUUCCACCGAGGGCUUUGCUGCACGUCCGCACUGCCACUGCGUAUUUCCCACCAAGUCAACACGGCUGUGUAGCUUCUUUCAGUCAGCCUUACCUUAGCAGCCUGAGACGUCAUACUGCUGAAGUCUCUUGGAGUGUGCGUAGGUCGAUCUAUCUGCUACUCUUGAAAUAGAAUUCGCGGUGGUAACCCAUCGUACAUAACUAAUCGGAGCCGGCCUUGACACCAGCAAUUCAGACCCUGAGCCAAGACAGUCUGCACGAAUACUCCACCUAAAUGGGCUACUUCGGACUCCCAAGCAAAGCUUGUUCGCCGUGUAGAGGCAGGAGAAUCAAAUGCGACCUGUCUACUCCUGCAUGUAGCCAAUGCGUGAGAAGCCAUCGGACGUGCUUUGGCUACCGCAAUCCGGUAGAUUUGCUUUUUCACGAUCAGAGCGAAGAUGUGGCUUGCAAAGCGCAGCGGCCGAAACGGGCAUCUCAGCGACGGAAGGCUGCUGAAUCUGCCAUCAUUCCGAAGGGCUCCCCUGUCACCCUGCCUUCGCCGGUGUUCUUCCCAAUAUCCGCAGAGACUCAAGCCUCAUGCUUCUUCUUCAGCAACUAUCCGUCUAAGUCUUCGAAAACGUAUAAGACUAUGUAUGAAUAUAUACCCGCACUUUACUGCACAGAAUCAUCCGAUAGCCCGCUAGUAUGCAUAGUAACCGCCCUGGGAUUGGCCGGUCUGUCCUAUCAUACGGACACAUCCGGCCUGGGAACGGCUGCUACUGCAUGGUAUGACAGAGCAUUGCGCAAGACCAACUACAAUCUGCGCCACGGGGAGCUAGCCAAGAUGGAUCAGACACUACUCGUCGUGUUGUUGCUCGGCCUAUAUGAAACCAACACCUGCCGUAAUCCCAGCUAUCGGUCGAUAGAAUCAGCGCUCACACAUGUCAAAGGCGCAACAGCAUUACUCGAUCUGCGCGGCGAAAACCAGCUCGACAGCGAGUUUGGUCGUGCCCUAUUCACCCAGGCACGUACGCAGAUCAUAACUGGAUGCUACCAAACCAAAACAUCAGUUCCAGAUGUAGUCGUUCGGCUGUCUCUAUCCCAAAGAUGCUACUACGACAGGAUCAUCGACCCCAUGGGAGACAUCAUCCUAUCUGUCUCUAACUUUUGCAAUACAAAGGCUGAAAUACCCUUCAACCCUCCAGAGUAUCAGUCGGAGAGCAUAACACGAGCCACUAUCGCUCGUUACACCUCAAUCACGAAAGCGUUUGCGAAUUGGGACCAAAGUCUUGCCGAUGGGUUCCUGCCAUCAAUCGUAACUGUACCGAAAGCCACUCCCGACGUGCUUUCCGACCACUACCACGUAUACUCAGAUAUUUGGAUUGCGGGUUUCACGAACAACUAUCGCGCCAAUAGCAUUCUUGUCCACGAAGCACUGAUCAGUCAAUUAUGCUUCCUACAAUCCCGUUACGCUCACGAUGUAAACGAGAUUCUGGAACUUGAGGAUCAAAUAUCGCAUUCUCGCACCAUCAUCUUCUCUGAUAUUGAGGCUGUCUGUGCGAGCGUUCCCGGCCUCCUUCAGACCAAAUCAGCUGCAGCCGGCGUCGGCCUGCUUUGGAUUCUGUAUCUAUCCGCUCAAGUAUCACCAGGUAUAGUUCCGGUACCGGAAAAGACACGCUGCUGGAUCAUCGGGCGCUUGGAGAAGAUUGGAGCUGAAAUGGGGGUACGGCAGGCAUCCACUUUGGCGGCGCUUCUACGCAAAGAGCUGCAUCUAUGGACUGUACUAGAAGUGGAUCAAGCAUCUAUUGGAUGGACAGAGGAGAGUAUGGCGAUCAGGUGACCUAAGUCCUAGGUGUUAGGUGUACGAAUUAUGAAACAAGUCGUUGCCGGCAACGUAAUACUGUGUCUUAUUCUAUGGAGCUAUUCAAGUUGCUGAACCGUGCUAUCACCGCAAUGGAUACCAAUACAAUUCGCUCUAACCCAGUUUACUCUAAACUGAACCCAAUUUAAUUCAUGUACAUAAUGCCGCUGCAUCUUUCAAACCCCAAACACCGCAUUGAAACACU